AUGCUCCUCCAAUUCUCCCCACACCUCCUCCUAUCACUCCCCGUCGCCACCUCCAAACCUCGCCACGGCCGCUCCCGCCCGCCUCCCAUCCGCGCCUCGGCCCCCGCAGAGCCGGAGCUCCUCGCCAAGUCCGCGCUCCGCCGCAUCUCCGACAAGCUCCGCAGCCUCGGCUACCUCGAAACCUCCCCCGCUCCGGCCCCAUCCCCGGCCCCGAACGCCCCGUCCCCCGGGGAGAUCUUCGUGCCCACCCCGGCCCAGCUCCCCCGCCACCGCGUCGGCUCCACGCUCGACCCGAGCUGGGCCACGGGCGACGGCGAGGCGGACGUUGCGCGCCGCGGCCGGAGGGAUGCGGCGGCGGCCCCGCCGUCCGCGGCGGAGCUCACGCUGCCGCGGGACGAGCUGCGGCGGCUGCAGGGGAUCGGCAUCCGGCUGCGGAGGCGGCUCAAGGUCGGGAAGCCGGGCGUCACGGAGGGGGUCGUCAACGGGAUACACGAGCGCUGGCGCAACGUCGAGCUCGUCAAGAUCAGGUGCGACGACAUCUCCGCCAUGAACAUGAAGCGCACCCACCAGAUACUCGAGAGGAAAACCGGAGGCCUAGUUAUUUGGAGAUCUGGAAGCACCAUCAUACUGUACAGAGGAACCAACUAUGAGUAUCCUUAUUUCCAUGGCCAGCAAAAAUUGGAUGAUCGUCUCAAGGAUGAAUCAUCAGAGCAGAGCAGUUCUGAUGAAGAACAAAGUAGGAGUGAAGAGGAUGCUGGGAAUCAUGCUGAAGAUGAUAGUGUUGACGACGAAGAUGAGGAGGGCGAUAAUUUUGGUAUAGUAUGUGGAGAACAGAGGAGUAUAGGAGAGGAGCACGGGAAUCGUGGUAACGUAUCUGUGCUGCAGAGCAUCAUUAGAGAGAAAGAUGCGAAUCGUCCCACCAUAUCCUCUAAAGGGCCUGUUGUUCACAGGCAGGAGGUCAAUUUAAGCUUUAGACCAGCAGCGAAAAACAAUGAUGGAGCUGCAAACAAACAUCAUGCAAGAUUUAAUAUAAGCACUAAUGUCGACCGUCCUAGCGAGGUCAGACCUUCAGGUAGGCCUACCUUAGUUACUGGUGUUGGUUCUCCGAAUAAGUUCCGGUUGCAGUUGCCCGGGGAGGUUAAGCUUGCAGAGGAAGGUGACAAAUUAUUAGAUGGGCUGGGUCCACGGUUUUCUGAUUGGUGGGGGUAUGACCCCCUUCCGGUGGAUGCUGAUUUGUUGCCAGCUAUGGUUCCUGGAUUCCGCAGGCCUUUCCGUCUUCUUCCUUCAGGUGUACCACCCAAGCUAACAGAUAGAGAAAUGACUAUCCUCAGGAGACUAGCUCGCCCGUUGCCUUACCACUACGCACUUGGAAGAAGCAGUAACCUUCAAGGAUUGGCUGCAUCUAUGAUCAAGUUAUGGGAGAGAUGUGAGGUAGCAAAAAUUGCGAUGAAGAGAGGUUCACACUGUAUUGAUAGUGAGCUCGUCUCCGAGGAAUUAAAGGGCUUGACCGGUGGGACUCUUUUAGCAAGAGAUAAUGAGUCAAUUGUACUGUACAGAGGAAAAGAUUUUCUCCCCCCAGCCGUCUCUGUCGCAAUAGAGAAACGCAGAAAGCACGACAAUUCCACAAUCAGCAAGCUUAAGCCUGAAAUUGAAGAAAGCCUACCUACUCAAGAUGCUUCUGAACUGAAGAUGGCAAGUGAUGCCUCAGUACACAGGCAUGAAUGCUAUGAAGAUAAGAAUGAAGUGGAAACAUCUGGUACAGAGUAUAAAACAGAAUCUCCGGAUACAGUUCCCCAUAAUGUGGAGACCAGAUUAUCCCAGGCUCUAGCAGAGAAAGUGAAGGCUGAAAAACUUCUUGAAGAGCUAGAAAAGGCAUCUCAGCCUUCAAUAGCUGAAACAAGAGAAUCCAUCUCAGAGGAGGAGAGGUACAUGUUGAGGAAAGUUGGUUUGCAGAUGAAACCAUUUCUGUUGCUAGGAAGGAGAGGAGUUUUUGAUGGAACAAUUGAAAAUAUGCACCUUCAUUGGAAGUAUCGAGAACUUGUCAAGCUUAUAUGUAAAGAACACAGCAUGGAAGAUGUGAAAUAUGCUGCUCGAACUCUAGAAGCUGAGAGUGGUGGUAUUUUGGUGGCAGUGGAGAGAGUGAGCAAAGGACAUGCAAUUAUAAUGUAUCGAGGGAAGAACUACCAGAGGCCGUCAACUCUCAGGCCAAAAUCUUUGUUGAAUAAGAAAGAUGCUCUGAAGCGUUCGGUGGAGCUUCAGCGCCGCAAGUCCUUGAAGCUUCACGUGCUUAAUCUAUCAAAGAACAUCGACUACUUGAGGGGUCAGAUGGUGAACAAAAGCCAUGAGAACAAAGGCAUGCAUGAUCUCAGCAACAACUCUCGAACAUUAGAGGAGACGAGUGAAGAAGUGCCUGAAGUUGCUCUUGAGUUUUUCGAGCCAGAGGGCGAGGAGUGCACUUCAGAUGGAACAGAUAGAGCCUUGAAUUUAACCAGGUCUGGAGUUCCAUUGGAUGAUACACAGAAAUUAUGUUUGAACGCGCUUAAAGAUGAUUCCUCUGAGGCUUCAAGGCCAUACGCGAAUGAGAGUUCAAGUACAGCUUCAUCAGAUAAUCUGAUCAAAUAUCAAAAACGGCUGAGCUUUCCUGUAGCAUACCAUUCAGAUAGUGGUAGUGAAGUCGAUUUCAAAGAUGCCAAAACCCUUGGCCCUUCCCAGGCAAUGGAUGAGACUAUUAUGGAUCAGAGAUGUACUUCUCACUUGUCUACCAGAGCUGCACCACUUACAAAUCGAGAAAGGCUUGUGCUAAGGAAGCAAGCUCUGCAAAUGAAGAAGCGACCAGUACUUGCCAUUGGGAGGAACAAUGUCAUCACGGGAGUUGCAACAACAAUCCGAACACACUUCAAAAAGCAUCCUCUUGCUAUUGUGAAUAUUAAGAACAGAGCGGAUGGUACUCCAGUUCAACAGCUGAUAUCAGAACUAGAGGAGGCAACUGGAUCGGUUCUAGUCUCGCGAGAACCAAACAAAGUGAUUUUGUACAGGGGUUGGGGAGCAGAAAUGUCACAGAAAAGCUCCAAGGAAGACAGUACAGUUGAGGGAGAAAAGGAGGUGAUAUCACCACAGCUUCUGGAAGCCAUUAGAUUAGAAUGUGGAUUUCACCCUGGUGAAUCACAGUAGCUGGGCAUGGAUCCUUGACAAUAUCUCUACAGACGUAUUUCUAGAAGAAAUAUACAAUCUCCACCUGUGGUCUGUGUAUUGGAGAAAAUUUGUGUGUGGCAGACGUGCACUGUGAAGCUGCACAUAAGCAAGGUCCAGCUGAGCCUCAUAAGCUGUGGAGAUACAGACCAACAUUGUUUCUAUCAACCCCUUAUUCUUAUUUCCCUACAUGUAAAUCUUGUACUUCUGAGAAUACAUUCUGAAUAAAUUUUCCCCUAACCCAAAUCAGAUGUCACUAAAACUCUCAGCAGGUACAAUCCGACAGAAAAACAACAACUAACUGCAGAUGCUGGAAUCCAGCAAAAUAUGCAAGUGACUGAGGAAACCCCUUUUCUCCUA